ACAUUCAGUUUUCUGUCUAGUCGCACACAUAAUGUUUGUUGUUUGUUAGAAAUUCUUUUUUUUUGUUUUCUUUUCAAAAUUAUUCGUUUUCGUUUUCGACACUCCUCCGGCAAUAGCCAAUACCAAAAUUCAAUGUUUAGCUAGGCAAAAAAAUAAACAAAAUAGCCCAAACAAGCCCCAACAAGGAGAAGUGCAUUUGGAUGAUGAAUUAUGUGACUGCAGCAGCAACAUAGACUUGGCCCAGUGUGCGUUUGUAUUUGGUGUAUCGAUCUAUCUGAUAUCUAUCGAAACCAACUCCCCGAAGAUGGCCGUACACGAGCAGAUCGACAAUCUGAACAUCUGGUGGUUUCCACGUGACUUUUGCCAGUCCCGAUUUGGGGCCUAUCAACAGAGUGGCACCAAUUCGUGUACGCUGAUCUCACUGAUACUCGCCGAUAAGGUGGCCAAGACGGAGAGAUUCUAUAAUCGGGUGGCAGAGUUGCCAACCCGUGGCUGGGAAAUGUUUGGCAAUGCGAUGAACGAUGGCAACAAUGUCUAUCACAAUGCGAUAACAGCCCAUACACCGUCCGCUCGGAAUCUGAAUCUCAAUAUACCGGAUGCAAUAUCGGCGAUACGUUCACAGCACAAGAUGAACUUUCGGCUGGAGGAGUGGUUCUACACGCACAUGGAGGCCGAUCCCACCAAUCCCAUGUACAAUCGCAAUGUUGCCAUGCAGUUAUCCCGCAUCUUUCAGAUCACAUUACAGGUCUUCCAGCAGGCGGCGGCGAGUGGUGGCACUAGCGGCAAUCGGGAUAUGUCAUCGCAUCUGUUUGCGGCCAUCAUUGCGGACAGUCGAACGGUGAUGAUGACCUUUGAUUUUCGAUCCUCAAUCGUUGCGCUGUUCGAUUCGCAUCAGCAUGGUCGGGAUGCGGGCGCCGUUUUCGCUCAGUGCACCAUUAAUCAUAUGGAUGAUUUACUAUUCUGGUUCAUCAGCAUGCUUCACAAUGUCUAUUCCAGCCGACCCGCCCUCUUUGAGAUCUCGUUCCUCAGCUCGCAGCCGGGCGUCGCGAAACGCAUACCGCCCGCCAUCAAGAAGAUUGCCAACGAAAUCAAGAAGUUGCCAACAAAGUCACAUUGACAACAAUAUUAUCCAACAACAAUACGAAUAUGAUGACACAGAAUAGAAAAUAAUCCAUAAACUUUAUUCCAACAGGCGGUUUAUUUGCAAUAGCGGAAGAGAAAUUUGCGAAGUUUACAUAAAUUACAGGCUGUAAGAAGAUUAACUUCUUGAAAAGAAAUCGAAAAUUUAACAAAUAAUCAAAUUCUGAAAGUUAAAUACAAAACAACAGACAAAUAAUAAUAAUAGUCUCUCAUGCUCUGUUUAAUACAUAAGCUGAUAACAGCUGGCGAAAUACAUGCUUGGGUCGGUUGAGGCUAAGGAGGAAAUUUUA